CGCAGCCCCGUGGGCCCCUGUCGCCCGCGUCCAUGCAGCCCCGUCGACCCCCGCUGCCGGCGCUGCUGCUGAGCCUCUGGCUGCUGCCGAGGCUCGCACUGGCCGCUGCUGCCGCAGCGCCCGCGGAUCCGGAGUACAACGAUGUCCCCGGGCAGCCCCCGGCCGUAGGGCUGCCACGCGGCAUCCUGCAGCUGGCGGCGCGCGCUGCGCUGCACUUCUUCAAUUAUCGCGCCGGCUCGCCCAGCGCGCUACGGGUGCUGGCCGCCGUGCAGGAGGGCCGCGCGUGGGUGGACCCUCAAAAGGGCUGCAAAGUGGACUUGGUAUUUAGCACAGAGCAAUACAACCUGGAGCAGGAAGGUGAGGAACACUUAGGCAAAUGUUCUGCGAGGGUGUUUUUCAAGAAUGAAAAACCCAGACCGGCCAUUAACGUAACCUGCACUCAGCUCUUUGAUAAAGUGACGAGACAAGAAAAGGAUUAUCUGCUUUACAAGCAGAUGAAGCAACUGAAGACUCCUCUGGACAUCGUCAGCAUACCUGACAGUCAUGGACACAUUGACCCCUCCCUGAGACCCCUGUGGGACUUGGCUUUCCUUGGCAGCUCAUACGUGAUGUGGGAGAAGACGACCCAGUUUCUGCACUACUACUUGGUCCAGCUCAGCAGUGUGAAGCAGCUGAAAACGGAUGAUGACAGCAUUGAUUUUGACUUCACUGUUCUACUUCAUGAAUUCUCCACACAGGAAAUCAUUCCCUGCCGUAUUCACUUGGUCUGGUACCCUGGUAAACCCCUUAAAGUAAAUUACCAUUGUCAAGAGCUACAGAGCCCAGAAGAAGGGUCUGGAAUUGUGGAAGGAUCAGCUAUGGCACCAAACGAGUUCAGUAAUUUCUAAAAAGAAGAAACGAUCUACUUCUAUUAUAAUUUAAACAAAACGACUCCACUAGCCUGCGUCAUCACUCCUGCAUAAAGGCAAAGGUCCAGGCAUCCCAGCAACCCAGGCAAGCUUGCCGUUAGAAGCAGAUGCUCAGAGGCCUGCCUUGUUUUUCACCUGACCUGCCUUGGUGCUGAAAUCCGUGAGCACCUACCUGCUUGGGCCUGACAGUCUCAGCAUAUCUACCAAACGGCAGGUGAAUCGACGACUGCUUUGGGAAAAGGUUUUGUCACUGAGUUUGUAUUUUUCAUUACUCUGGACAUAGUGUGGUUAUUUUAUGUUACUAAAUUGUUCUUACUUAUUAUGUCAACUUUUUUUUCAGCGAAAGUAAAUGGUAGGGAAAUACUGCUAAUCUCUGGCAAAUACUCCCUUUUAGCAUGAUACCCACUUUCAAAUAAAUAUUUAUAUUUCUAAAUAAUAAAAUGUGUUUGUAAAAUUUA